AUGUCCCUCUGUCCGUCCAGGAGUGAAUAUGACGACAGGACCCCGCUCCGACAUUCCAACAGCUUCGUGCGCCUCACCGGGAAAACCAUCUACAACCAGCGCAAGGACUACGGGCAGACCCUGCUCAAGCUCCAGAACGAUUUCCAGCACCACGUUGAGCACCUGCUGACGAUGCACCUGGAGCGGGAGCUCCGCAGCGUCGAGGACUGCCUGGGGCGCCUGAGGGAGCUGGAGGAGCAGGGCCGGCUCUGGGGGCAGGAUGUCAUCCUGGAAGUCAGGGAGCAGGAGCUGGUGCUGAGCGACGUGGAGAGCAAGGAGGAGCUGGAGGCGUUCCCGCUGGGAAGCGUGCAGGGCUGCUGGGCCGGCCCGGAGAACGCGGUGCUGGCGGUGCGCGUCCAGGAGCGGAGCCCGCCGAGGAGCAGCGUGCUGCUCUUCCAGUGCCAGCGGCUGGGGGCAGAGACGCUGCGGAGCAGCCUGGAGAAGGUGCUGAGGCAGAGGAAGGAGGAGCAGAGCCAUCACUUCGGGCACAGGUACGGCGGCCCCGACUCGCCCCCCAGCCCGGUCCCGGAGCGUUGGGCAGAGCCCCCCGAGCCCGACCCCCGCCUGUCCCCGCGGCGUGGGGCGCCCCCCCAGCGUGGGCUGCUCGCCUCGGACUACGGUGCCCCGGACACCCCACAGACCCCGCGGCCCCGAGCCCCCGGCCACGCCGUGCCCGAGGCGGAGCGAGAUGUGGAGAUCCUCAACCACGUCCUGCGUGACCUGGAGCGCUUCAUGGGCCGGCUGAAGGCGGCCCUGAGCUCGGCCAGCGCGAAGAAGAAGCCGAAGAAGCCAGCGCUGCCCCCAAGGGAUGAGUACACGGAUUUCUUCCAGAAGGUGAAAUACGCCCUCAACCUCUUGGGCCGGAGCCACCACUACGUGACGGAGCCCGACCCCCUCGAGCUGCUGCGCCUCAUCUUCUCAGCCCUGUCCUUCGCGCUGGCACACUGCCCCAGCCCCGGCCUGGCCCCGGCGGUGCGGAGCCCGCUGCUGCUGCCCGAGGCGCUGCAGCUCCUCGAGGAGAGCCUGGGCGAGGAUGACUACGGCGUCUGGAAGAGCCUGGGCACCGCCUGGAACAAAUCCAGGGCCGAGUACCCCGGCAGCGCCCUGGUGCCCGCCUACACGCCCGUGUUUUCGGACGGGUGGCUGCCCCCCGUGAUGGAGCAGGAGCGCCGCGGGGACCUCCAGGACACCCCACCGCCUGCCUCAGUUUCCCCAACCCCCUUGGGACACCUUUCCCCGUCCCUGUCCCCCGCACGGGCACCGGGCCCCGCCUGGAGGGACAAUCCAAGCUCAGAAUCCCCCCUGCCCGCCCAGGGGCUGGUCCGAGCCCUGUACGACUUCCAGGCUCGGAACUCGCAGGAGCUGAGCGUCAGGAGGGGGGACACGCUGCAGGUCUUGGACCAGCAAAGGAAGUGGUGGCUGGUGCAGGACGAGCGGGGGGACCGGGGGCACGUCCCCGGUAACAUCCUGGAGCCCCUCCCGGAGCCGGGGUACAGCGCCGGGCAGGACAGUCCCCCCACCCUGCAACCCGGCUCCUCGCCGGCAGAGGUGACGGCCUGGCUGACGGACAAGGGCUUCUCGCGGAUCACGGUGCGGACCCUGGGGGUGCUGCGGGGCCACGAGCUGCUGCAGAUGAGCCCGGCCGAGCUGCGCGGAGUCUGUCCCGAGGAGUGGCGGAGGGUCCUCUUCAAGCUGUCCCCCAUCCGGACAUCCCUGGGGAUCGGUCCCAGGGACUGAGCCACCGAGGCCACGCCGAUGUCCCCGUCAUGUCCCCCCCCGGAUGGAGCACCCUGGGAACGGCUGGACUUGGGGGCGAACCCCCCCCACUCACGACAGAGAACCACUCCCUGAAAUCAGAGAAUCCCCCGCGAAGGAAGGAGGGGGCAGGCACCCCCCUCGGCGGGGUCAGGCGCUGUGAAGCGACUUUGCACCCCCAAAAUGUAAAUUGAUGUGGAAAAUAAAAGUGACAGCAGCA